AGGUUUGCUCAGUCUCAAAUCUCCUUUGACCCUACCUUCUCUGUCUGAUCUGGUCAAAACUGAAGCUCUCGUCUCUGAUGUUCUGCGUUUAUCUUAUUGAUUACAUAUAAAAAGAGUGUUCAAAAGGAGUUUGCUGAAACCCUGAAAAGUGUUUACAUACAAUGGAGAAACAAGCUAAACCCAGAAACAAGAUCCUGAAAUUUUUGCCCAAAGCAGCUUCAGCUGUCAGCGUCACCUUUCAAAACCAUCCCUUCAGCCCCGGCAGGGACAAGCGAUCCGACAAUACAGGCAAGCAUAAGGCUUAUGCAGGCAGAGGGUUCUCUGGUCCGAUCGUUUCGAUAAUUCCUGAUGAAGCUCGAAGAAAGUCCCAGAGUGAAACCUUUGAAACCCAAGAACCAACUUCACCGAAAGUGUCAUGCAUGGGACAGAUCAAGCAGAAGAAAAAUAUCAGAAAAGCUAAGUGCGUUUCGCGUCCUAAAGAGUUGAAGCCUGUCUCCGAAUCUUCUGGAGAAGAAGUGAAGAAGCAUGCGUCCAAGUUAAAGCGAAUCUUCAGCAUGGCAAAACCAGCAAGGAAAUCCGAGGCAUCAAGCAAGAAGACAGAGUUGCCUGACAGAGCGCCUUCUUUGGGCCAAAUGAAGCGGUUUACAAGUGGCCGUGAUGCUUUUUCCAAUUUUGAUUGGAUGGCUCAGAUUGCACCUGCGGAAGCUGAUAAUAGGGAUUAUUACUCUGAUGAAGAGAGAAGAGAUAGUGAUCUUGAAGACGACGACGUGAUCAUCCCUUUCUCGGCCCCAAUGACGGUUGGUGGAGAGAUGCCUUUGCAGCCAAGGAAAGAAAUUAACUUAUGGAAGAGAAGAACCAUGAAUCCACCAAGGCCCCUUCGAUUGAAUUCCAUGGUCACCGCAAAUUGAUUGAAUUUUUUUUUUCUUUCUUUGGCCUUCCUGUUCUUUAUUUCUUCUCCUUCUUUCUCUUACUUCUCAUAUACAGAUUGUGUAAACAUAGACUGGUGAAACAUGCAGAAGUGUUGUAAUUGGCAUUUGGCAUGAUGGGAACCUGUCUGAUUCCUGGUUCUGUACAGAUAAUUGCUUGAACAUCAUUUCUUCUUUCUUUCUUCUCUU